GCGGGGCGCCUGGGCGGAUAAAAGGAGGGCAGGUGGCAGCGCUGGUCACCGGGCUGCAGUCUGUCGCCAAGCCAACGCCAUGGCGUGUUCCGUGGCCUGGGCAGGUCUGGUAGCUCUGCUGCUGAUCCCGUGCGGCUCCGCGGAGAAGCUGGUCUGCUACUUCACCAACUGGGCCCAGUACAGGCAGGGGGCCGCCCGCUUCCUGCCCAAGGACGUGGACCCCCACCUCUGCACCCACCUCGUCUACGCCUUCGCGGGCAUGAAGGGCCACCAGCUCGGCACCAUCGAGUGGAACGAUGAGCAGCUCUACAGGGACUUCAAUGGCCUGAAACAGAAGAACCCCAAGCUGAGGACACUGCUGGCUGUCGGCGGCUGGAACUUCGGCACCCAGAGGUUCACGGACAUGGUGGCCACAGCCCAGAACCGCCAGACCUUCAUCAACUCCGCCAUCGCAUUUCUGCGCAAACACGGCUUCGACGGCCUGGACCUCGACUGGGAGUACCCGGGGAGCCGGGGCAGCCCGCCCGCAGACAAGCAGCGCUUCUCCGCCCUGGUGCAGGAGCUGGCCAGCGCCUUCCAGCAGGAAGCCCGGCUCUCAGGGAGGGGGCGCCUGCUCCUGAGCGCGGCCGUCCCGGCUGGGGCGCAGCAGGUGGACGCGGGGUACGAGGUGGACAGAAUCGCUCGGGACCUGGAUUUCAUCAGCCUGAUGGCCUAUGACCUCCACGGCUCCUGGGAGAAGAGCACGGGACACAACAGCCCCCUCUACAGGAGGCCGGGGGAGAGCGGGGCAGAGGCCCAGCUCAACGUGGACUUUGCCGUGCAGCUGUGGCUACAGAAGGGGGUGCCCGCCAGCAAGCUGGUCCUCGGCAUGCCCACCUACGGACGGUCCUUCACCCUGGCCUCCGCAUCGGACACCCGGGUGGGGGCCCCAGCCACGGGGCCUGGAGCCCCCGGCCCCUUCACCAAGGAGGCGGGGCUGCUGGCUUACUACGAGGUCUGCUCCUGGAAGGGGGGUGCCCAGCACAGGAUCCCAGACCAGGAGGUGCCCUACGUCACCCGCGGUGACCAGUGGGUGGGUUUUGAUGACGUGGACAGCUUCCGAGCCAAGGUCAGCUACCUGAAGCAGAAAGGGCUGGGCGGGGCCAUGGUCUGGGCGCUGGACAUGGACGACUUUGCCGGCUCCUUCUGCAGCCAGGGCCCCUACCCCCUCGUCAGGACCUUGCAGACGGAGCUCCGUCUUCCGUAUACGCCCUCAGAACGCCCCCGGCCUGAGACUGCCCCACCAGGCCAGCCCUCUGACCCCGAGCACGGCCCCAGCUCUGGACAAGACACCUGCCAGGGCCGAGCUGAUGGACUCUACCCCAACCCUCGGGACCCGUCCAGCUACUACAGCUGUGCAGGGGGACGGCUGUUCCAGCAAAGCUGCCCCCCGGGCCUGGUGUUCAGCUCUUCCUGUAUGUGCUGCACCUGGGGGUGAGCCCGCGGCCAGGGCCUGGUGUCCCCCACAGCCUCAGCUUCCCUGGCAGUGGAGUCAGGCUCUGGCAGCCUCUCUGUGGGCUCUCCAUCACCAACUUUCUGCCCUCAGACUGGGUCCCUUUCGGCCUGGUCCUCAGCUGCCUCUUUUAUAUGCAAAAAUAAACCUUCAGUUUGCACCCCA